AUGCCUCCUGCUCCUUUCUCGCGUGCCGACGCACACCGUAUCUACCACGCUUUCGGUGGCCACGACCUGAAGAACGUUGCCCACUGUGAAAUUCCCAACCCGGUAUGUUGCACCAUCCGCUACGCGUGCGCGGUGAAUCCGUGUGGGAAGCGGUUUUCUGUCGAGAGACCCACCGAUCCGGGGGGUUUGGUCGCGCAGGACAAGGGCGGGGUCCCGUUGUUCUCGAGUGACACUGUAGAAGUCUCUACCUGCUGCCCGUUUUGGAAGGAGCGAGGCGUGCCCAAGAGGGACAUCUUCGACGAUGACAGGGACGUUUUUUCUUUUACAUUGUUCACGCACCCCGUUUGUUGCUGCUUCCGUAUUGCCACCGUCGGAAAGCAAAAUCAGCCUGUCGGUGGUUGUAAAUGUUGUGUGCGGAAGCGGACGAAAAUGUUGACAAUAAUCGACGUCGACAACCGCGGAGAAAUAGACAGAACGCUACAGCGGCCGAAUUAUAAUUACGGCCAGCAAAUCGCGCGAACGGAAGUAGAGCUGGCGUUGGGAGUGCCACGACAGCAAGGCAUGACAAGAUAGCAGCUACCGAAACGAAACGCAGCGUUGUUCUUGUUUUAUUUUCUUUAUCACGAUGUUUCGUAAUACGACCAUAUGACGACCAUGAAUAAAAUGCGGACGCUCGAACGUCGGCUAGAAAUCGAAAAAUGUACAACUCGUACGCGGUUUUCUAAAAAGGGCAACAUCACCUCCAUCGCAUCCUGUCGAAAGCGUCCUGGAUACACAGCACUCUUGGUUUGAUCCCGGCUAUGCGAGCAAUGCUGUCGCUAGAAGCAAGUUUCGACAGAAUUCCUGGGCAAGGAGUAGUUUGUACUCGUAUUGCGUAUGCCUUUAAUAUUGCACUUCUUGCCACUGCAGUUUUUUCUUGAAACAGUGCUGCUAUUUUGCGACGUCGGAUAAACUUUUAUCUGUACUGCAUCGUCAUCGUGGUCCCUUUCGACACGGAAAAUCGUCACUUGUUA